AGCGAGAGACGGCUCCCACCGCCGCCGAACCACCAGCACUCUCUCACCGUGGGAAAGACACCCAGCAGCCGGCCAGCAGCACCUGAGCUGGACGCUGUGGCGGAGCUGUGAGGAUAGGAAAAUCUAAUAACAAGAGAAGGUUAUUUUUUUUAGCCCUUACUCUACUAUAAAAGCGAUGACAACCCAGUAAGACUUGACCAAGGGCUACCAGCUGUUCCACCGCCUUGUCUCUCAAUCACAUCUCCUGGAGACAGUGAGGACAGACAGACUUCCAGCAGAAAGACAGGCUCGUUUAACUUGAACAACCCCGGGGAUUGAUCGUCUUAAUAUCCCCAACGGGCCAAACUUCCACGGCCAACUAUGUAUCGCUCGACCAAGGGAGCGUCCAAGGCUCGCCGGGACCAGAUCAACGCGGAGAUCCGGAACCUCAAGGACUUGUUGCCCAUCACCGACGCCGAUAAAGCGCGGCUGUCCUACCUGCACAUCAUGUCACUGGCGUGCAUGUACACCAGGAAAUCCGUCUUCUUCAGCGAGGAAUCGGGAACUGCCAUGAGUCUCGAGGAGAGCGCGAGAUUUCUGUCUUUCCACGAGCUGUCGGAGUUGGUGCAGGCGCUGCCCGGGUUUCUAAUGCUGGUGAGCGGGGAAGGCAAGCUGCUGUACCUCUCGGACAGCGUGUCCGACCACCUGGGACACUCAAUGGUGGAUUUGGUUGCUCAGGGCGACAGUGUCUACGACAUCAUCGAGUCUACGGAUCACUUCGUCAUGAGGAACAACCUCACCAACGUCUCCAACCUCGACCAAGACCGCCUCUUCCGCUGUCGCUUCAACACCUCCAAGUCGGUCCGCCGUCAGAGUGCCGGCAACAAGCUGGUCCUGAUCCGCGCCCGCUGCCUGGCAACGCCCCCCUCCACCUCAGCCUCCACCUCCACCUCCACCACCACCACCUCCUCCACCUACUGGACCUCCAACCCCGUCUGGGUGUGCUUCUGCUCCCCGCUGGAGCCCCACCCCGCCCGCUCGGGGGCGCCCGGGGCGGAGCUGUCCCCCGUCCCCCCCCCGCCCCAGCCCAACCUCCAACCCCAUCCCGCUGAGGGCAACUUCUUCCUGGCCUGCUUCUACUCCCUGCACGGCCGCGACAUGAGGCUCCAGGACGCUCAGGACAGUGUGAGCUCCUAUCUGGGCUUUGAUGCGGCGGCGCUACGCUCCCACUCCUGGUACAGCCUCCUGCACCCCCAGGAUCUGUCGCACGCCUCGGCUCAGCACCGCAGCCUACUGAGGGAGGGCGGCGAGGGCCGAGCGGAGAUGGUGGUGCGGCUGCAGGCCGAGGACCAGUCGUGGGUGUGGCUGUACAUGGUACUGCAGCUGGAGGCCGGGGGGGACAGCCCCAUCAGCAGCAACAACUACAUCAUCAGCGAGGCGGAGGCGUGGUCCGUGCGCCAGCAGCUCAGCUCGGAGCACACCCAGCUCAGCCUGGUCCUCAGCACCGGCACCUCCCAGCCCGAGGGCCUCAGCCUGCAGUCCCCCGAGACCCUGUCCAGCCCGGACCAGGUGUUCACCCCGGGCAGCAGCGGCCUGUCGGGCCAGUCCUUCGACUUCAGCACGGCGGGCUGCAGCGUGGGCUCCUCCGACGAGCCGGCGGCCAGCGGCAGCAGCGCCGCCGAGCCCAUGCAGCUGGGCGAGGGAGACCCCCGCUCCAGCCUCUCCUCCCUGGAGGAGGACAGCUUCUUCCACUCGGCCGCCGCCGCCGCCGCCGCCGCCGCCGCCCCGGAGCCCAGCGCCUCGGCCGCCGCCUCCCCCACCCCCGUCACCGUCGCCACGGUGACCGACAUGGACUUCCUGGAGCAGAACAUCCUCCUCCCCUCGGCCUUCCAGCUGGACACCCCGCUGCCCCCCCAGCCCCAGCCGCUGCCCCCCAUGCCCUCCCCCCCCCCCCAGGCCCAGCAGACCAAGGAGUUUGUGUGCACGCCGCCCUACACCCCCGACCUGGGCGGGGCCAGCUUCCUGUUCGGCGACCCCCUCUUCAGCUUCGACCCCGCGGGCGCCACCACGCCGCCGCUGACCUCGGCCGCCUCCACCUCCAUGGGCACCUCCAUCUCCCCGUCCGCCCCCACCACCAGCUCCUCCAGCACCCCGCCCCCCCCCAGCACCACCCCCACCACCACCACCACCACCAGCACCACCACCCUGUCCGCCAAGCUGCCCCUGGCCAUGCCGCUGCCGCCCAGCAGCGAGCUGCUCUUCCCCGCCGAGCCCUACAACGCUGCCCUCUACGAGAAGCUGCCGCCCACCCCCGACAGCCCCGGGGACGGCGACUGCACCGUGAUGACCCUGCCCGAGGUGCGGGGCCCCCUGUACGUGGACGUCCCGCUGGGGCCCCUCCACUACCCCCCCGAGGGCCUCCUGACGCCCGAGGCCUCGCCCGGCAAGCAGUCCGGCCUGGCCUUCUUCUCCCUGGAGCGGGAGCGGGAGAAGGAGCGGCUGGAGAUCUCCCUGCUGGCGCGCCACAUCAGCACCCUGGCCGAGGGCUUCUACCUGGACCCGCUGCUGUCCAAGCUCUCCCCGCCCUCCAUGUCGCCCUCCUCCUGCCCCCCCUCCCCCGUCCUGGACGUCUCCGAGGCCGAGUCGGCCCACGCGCUCGGGGAGCUGUACCCCAUCAAGGCGUGGCGGGGGCUGGACGUGCCCAUGUUCCUGGACGACGACGAGUCUCUGUUUGAGGAGAACCUCCUCGAGACCCUGAUCCACGACUUCACCGCCGCCCCGCCGCCCCUCUCGCCGGGCCUCUGCUCCCCCGACCUGCACUGCCCCUCCCCGAGCCCCUCCAGCCCCUCCUCCCCGCAGCAGCCCCACCCCCCCGCGUGCUGGCUCCAACCCUCCUCCUUCUUCGAGGGGGCGGGUCACCACUUCUGUAGUGUCCAAUCGGCGCACCCUAGAUCCGCGGGCGAGCCGGCGGCGGGCGGGGAGGGGUCGGACCGCGAGGAGCCGAUGGAGAUCGAGGUGAUGUCAUCUCCGCUGUCCUCCUGCUCGUCCAUCCCGGCCUCCCCUCCCCUGGUGCUCACCGCCUCGCCCAUGGCCUCCCCGGCCUACUGCGCCUCGCCCCGCGGCUCGCCGGCGCCGGCCACGUCCUGCACCCAGUCCCUCCUGGAGGAGCUGGCUGUCCUGGAACCCAUGUUUGGGGCAGGUGCCUCGAUCGCCCCUGGCUUAGGGCAACAACCUGAGUUGUAUCAACUCCAGUGUCACCCAUCGCCGCAGUGCUUCCACCAAGAUGGGAGUGGAAGUGUUUCUCCGUUCUAA